GUUGGUGAUGACGUGAAAUGUUGUUGUUUGUGUUGAGGCUGCGGCAGGACUCGUUGCUUCGAGUGAAGCUUUUGUUCUUGUGUUAUUUUUGUUGUUGUGUUGUGUUGUGUUGUGUUGUGUCAUGUCGGUGAACAUGGACGAGCUGAGACAUCAGGUGAUGAUCAACCAGUUUGUUUUAACGGCCGGCUGCACCGCUGAUCAGGCGAAGCAGCUCCUCCAGGCGGCCCACUGGCAGUUCGAGACGGCUCUCAGCUCAUUUUUUCAGGAAGCUAACAUCCCAAGUCAUCACCACCAGUUGAUGUGCACCCCCAGAAACACUCCAGCCACGCCGCCCAACUUCCCCGAUGCCAUCACCAUGUUCUCCAAGCUAAGAGCUUCAGACUGUGGCCCCGGGGCUGGCGGGGGCUCCUCCCAGGCCUCYGUGGCCUGCUCCCCCCCACUCGCCUCCUUCUGGGCCUCCUCACCGCCUGGCCCCCAGCCGGUCUGGCUGCCCCCGUCCUCGCCCACGGGCCCCCACCUGCACCACACUUACCACCACCAGCUUCCACAGACCCCCAUGUGGCCCCCAGUGUCCCAGCCCAGCGGCUCCCAGACACCUGUGGUGUCGGCCAUCCACAGUCCCAGAUGAGAGGGGGCGGAGCUUAAUUCAAAUGAGGACUCAGAUGCUGCUUGAUUGUUAAACAGGAAGGAACCACUGACUGUCCUCUGGUGGUUCUGACCCGCCUCUGGACUCUGGGGGGCGAACUUCAUCUUCUUCACUGAUGCAGCUGAGCGUCGGAGCACUUCCUGAGGAGGGCAGCCAUUUUCUCUGCAGGACCUCUGCAGGUUGACUGGGUUCUUUAGGUACCAACUGGUCUGACACGGGUCCAGUCUGGGUCCUGUUGGAGUUUUGUUCUGUCAGAUGGAGGCGUUGUGCCUGAAACUCACUCAGUCUUUUCUAAGGAUUUCUCUGUCCAGCUUUGUGUUCAUCUCUUCAGUUUCUAUUUAAAUGUUGAAUAAAAGAUGUUCUGACCCGC